AUGCACCGCUCGUGGACCAUCCUACUUUUGGCCUCCUCGGCUUGUGCAGAGUUUCUGUCUGCGGGGAAUGCCACCGCACGCAACUUGGCCCAGUGUCAUGACUGUGGGGUGUGCGUUUGUGUGCCCAAAGGCACGUGCGAUUAUUGCAAUGGCAUGGGUGGCAAGGCCAAGGUGACGAAGACCUACAACGUUGGAGGUUCUGCCGGAUCCGCUGGAGCCUGGAGUGGAGGAGGGCCUGAAUUGGUGAACUGUGGAGUGUGCAAAUAUGUGCCACGAAGCUCUUGCCAGUAUUGCAGUGGCCAGGGUGGGCCUGCAUCGGUCGACUCUGUUGUUGCGUCUGGAGCUUUGGCACAUUGGCCGUCCAUGCUGACUCUCUCGGCGGUGGCCUUGACACGUGAAAUUGAGCUGUUGGACUUCGAUGACGUGAUGGAGCUGAAAGAUUCGCUGAAGUUGGGUGACCACGGAGAAUUUGUGGUGCAGAGACGCCUAGAACUGGCAGAUGGCAGCGUUGUCGUUGAGCCACAGGACCAGCUGUUGCCCGAAGCGAGCCUUGAAGGAUUCAAGCGGCGCUCAGAGCUUGAUGACGUCGAGCUGCCUGCACGGUUCAGAUUUCGCUUUGUCGGCUGCAUGACGCAAGGUUUUCGAAGGGCUUGGCGGAGCCUUGACCAUGAUGCAGCUGUUCUUUGCAUGAUCCUCACGGCCGAAGGUUCCUCCGAGGUGCUCUACUCUGGUUCCAGCAUUUUGGCUGCAAUUGCUCCUCCCAUGGUGAAGAUGGGCGAACAGAUUGCGUUCUGUCCUGCCCAGGGAUCGGCAAAUUCGCAAAUGGUCCUUGCAGGAUGGAAACCUGCUUGCCAAAUACACUGGGCAUUCCUCCAUGGUCCGUUGCCUCGCAGUCAACUCGUAUUUGGCGAGUGGCAGUGA